UCACUCAGUAUUCAGAAAGAAUUUAAAAUCGAGUGGCUAUACGAAAUUGCACCGAUUUUCUGCUCAGGAUCAGGUGAAACUAUUUUAUUUUGUGUUCAGCUGAUGAUAUCUGUUGAUUGGACGAUGGAAUUUUGUUGAGUUACAUCUUAUUUUGAAGAUUGGGAAAUAUUCUUUGAGAUGAAGGGAUUUGGGAUGGAGGAGAUUUGAGAGAUAUUUAUGGAUUCGUGGUGAUGACCUUCAGGUGCAGAUGACAGCAACGGAUUAGUGAGGGAAUAAUGGAUCAGGCACAUUCAGCUUACAAUCGCAAUCGCAGUGAUAAAAUUAAUAUCAAGGAGUACUUCGAGGAGUUCGAGAAGCUCUUGACACCUGUGGAAUACGAGAACCUCAACGAGAUUUUUUUCGAGAAGCAGCAAUUGAAUAUUCUUAAAGAAACCUGCAGUAUUGAUAACUUGAGCUUCGAGGGAGAGCCUGAGCCCUGGAAAAACGAGAAGGAUGCCGCUGAAAAGGCGGAAAACAUCCCAGAUGACACAAAACUCAAAACUCUGGGGAAACUCAAGGAAAAAUACAGAAAGAACCAGAAAAAAAAUGGGGAUUCCACCAAACAAUCCAGUGAAAUACCAAUUAUUUAUGAAAAAUCCGAGAUUCUUGGAGAGACAGCAGUUCCUGGGAGAGAGGUCUUCGUGUCUGUCAGGGUUUAUCAUCCCUGCAAGUCUGACAUGGAUGCCACGUUCAAAGUCAGUUUAUCCUCGGUGAUUGUGAUGUUGGGGAACCAGACGUUGGAUAAAUUGAGAGACAAAAUAAAUUGCAUUUCGGAUCUGUCAAUUGCUCGAGACCUCAGUGACGAGCCCCUGGGGAGAGGUGGAGGGAUUGCCAAUAGGGAUGUCUACAAGUCAGGAUUCUUCUACAUCGAAGGGACUUUUUAUAAUGACAUGAGGGAUGAGACAAAUAAAGAUAACAGCGCUGUGAUAAGGACCUGGGGGGAGGCCAGGGAGCUGGGGCCAUUUCAGACAGCCAGGAUGGAGGAGACACGAGUGGACUCCCUUUGUCUGAGGUUUGGAUACCCCUGGGUCUAUCAGCACCAGGGGACCUGUGAACAUCUCAUCGUCUUCAGUGAUGCCAGAUUAGUGAAUGCCGACGACGACCUUGACAUUUCCCACUACCCGAAGAUCGACAGGGUGAAGCCGACGAGGUGCCAUCUCUGCAUGUUGUGCAACAGUCGUUCACUCCAUUGGAUAGUGACUGAGAGUGACAGAGUACCCCAUGAUCCCUGUUAUUUCUGCGAACAAUGUUUUUUCUCUUUCAAUUACUUGAAUGGCCAGAAGCUGGGGAAAUUCAAGGCCUACAGAUACCCCUACGAUCCUAAAAUCAUUGAUCAUUGCAACGACGUCCUCUCCAGGAUGGAGGAAGACUGACAGUCCCAAUAAUUAUAACAAUCGCACUUGCGAAUAAAACGAUUUUAUUAAAA